AUGGGCUCGACAGACCAUAGAGCAGCAGGCAUGGAGGGGGGGAUUGGAUCCGUGUGGGGAGCACGACUACACUCCUGGGCCAUAGAGCAGCAGCCAUGGAGGGGGGGAUUGGAGCCGUGUGGGGAGGACGACUACACGCUCUCCCCCUCCAACCCCGCGCACGUCACCGGGAGGAUACCAGAGGCGCUGCAGGGCACGCUGUACCUCUGUGGGCCGGGGCGGAUUCGUGUGGGCGGGACCAAGUUCAGUCACUGGUUCGAUGGCGAUGGCAUGGCCUACGCCUUGCAUCUGGACGGCCCAAACGGUACAGCAAGGUUUGUCUGCAAGUGGGUGCGCACAUCAGCCCUGGAGCAGCGGGGCGGACCAGAGUUGGAAGCAGGGGAGGGGAAGGGGGAGGACACGGGGAUACGCGUGAAGGGUACGUGGACACAGGCCACUGCAGGAGGGCUGCUAAAAAACGUUGGGCUGCCAGCUAACCCCGUCAACACCAGCAUCAUCCACUUUGCAGGCAAGCUGCUGGCGCUGUGCGAGGGAGGGCCGCCAUUCCUCCUGGACGCACUCUCGCUGAGCACGCUCGGCCCCUACUCCUUCCCCAACCUGGCUCUGCCCUUCUUCUCCGCCCACCCCAAGCUCGAUCCCGCCACUGGAGGUGAGUGGCAAGCAGGUGAGCGGCGGCAAGAAGGCGAGCAGCAGUGUGAUAUGCGUGGGGAGCUCACCAGAGGUGGCUCUCGUGCACGACUAGCUGUACAACUUUGGCAGUGUGCUGUUCGGCAUGCAGCCAUUCGCAAUUGCAGCAGAUGGGCAGAACACGCGCAUGGGCGCACUGCAGGGCUCGCCAGAGGUGGCUCUCGUGCUUCCCACCCGCCCCCAAUCCCAUCCCAUCCCCCUUCUCCCUUCCAAAACUGUCCCAACUCCCGUUCUGCCCCCACCGCUGCUUGUCCCCACACACCUCCCGUACCUGUCCUCUCUUCCUGCCCUCCUUCCCCACGCCACACUCCACCAGAGCUGUACAACUUUGGCAGUGUGCUGUUCGGCAUGCAGCCAUUCGCCAUUGCAGCGGACGGGAAGCACACGCGCAUGGGCGCGCUGCAGGGCUUGCCAGAGGUGGCUCUCGUGCACGACUGUGCCAUGUCAUCACGCUUCCUCGUCUUCACCAUCCCUCCCUACGCCGCCUCUGCUGCCGACGUCGCUCAGAUGCUAGCAGGGCAGCAGCCGCUGGGCAACAGGUUAACGUACGAUGAGACAAAGCCCACGAGGGUGGUGGUGGUGGUGGGCAAAGAGAGUCUGUCAGUGGAGGUGCAAAUGGACGUGUGGCCGCCCUUCUCCAACUACCACUUCUGCAACGCCUAUGAGGAGGGUGACAAGCUGCACGUGCUGCUUACCGUGCUGGUGAGUCGUCACAAGCUGCAUGGCAGCGCAGCAACCAGUGCUCUGACGGGCCUCGUGAUGGGCUGGAGGGAGUGUUCAAGGACAUGUAUGGAGAAUCAUGGCAGCGCGGCAACCAGUGCUCUGUGUGAUUUUCAUGUUUGUGUGCAUUCUUUCCCUCGACCACCCCUUGCUCGCCUCCCUUCCUACCAGGAUGGGCCACGGGAUGGGUUGGAGGGGGUGUUCAAGGACAUGUAUGGAGAAUCAUGGCAGCGCAGCAACCAGUGCUCUGUCUGGGAGCUUGUCUUUGACACCACCACCUGGGAACUCCUCUCCCGCCGCCGAGCCAUGCAUUCCGAACCUGGCACACGAGGUCCGGUGCUAGGCAUGGAGUUUGCCGUGGUUAACCCGGCUUACACCAGCAGAAAGAGCAGGUACCUGUAUGUGCUGGGGUCCAUGCCAGAGAGGGAUAGGGAGGAGCUGUGGAGAAACGGCGAGUUGGGGGAUGGCGUGUGGUAUGGAGGAGCAGGAGUGAAGGGCGAGGAGGACGGGGAGGGUGAGGAGGGAGCGGAGGGAGAGGAGGGGGAGCAGGAGGGGGAGGGAGAGGGUGAGGAGGAGGAAAGGAAGAAGAUGGCUGAGUAUGGGUACUUGAACUGUAUCCAGAAGUACGAUCUGAAGACAAAGCAAGUGACCACUCACGUCACGCCACCCGGCUGCUACGUCAACGAGUGCAGCUUCGUUCCGAACAGUGGCACUGAAAGCGAGGACGCCAGUAAGGAGGAUGACGGGUAUCUGGCAACGUUUGUGUAUGAUGCAACGCGGCACAAGUCGCAUGUGGUGGUGCUUGAUGCCAGGGAUGUGGUCGCACCCCCGGUAGCAGUGGUGCAUUUGCAGUCACAUGUGCCAUACCAUUUCCACGGCACCUGGGCUGGCAAGGCUACCAUGCUGUGA